AUGGGAGGAAAGAGUAGUGAUGAUCGUGAUGACAGUGACUUCAAUGACGAUAGAGAUGAUAGCGACUUUGACAUAGGCCGUGGAGAAAUAGUUAAAGAUGACGACGAUGAUGAAAGGGACGAUUGUGAUUUCUCUUCAGAAGGCAGUGAUGAUAUUGAAAGAGCUCCUGACCAAGAAAUAGAAGGGGAUUUCAGUGAUAUUUAAAACUUAAAAUCUCAGGCAGAGUCUGAGGAGUCAUUUAACCCUCUAGACUUCAUGAAUCAAUAAGCAAAUGAUGAAAAUAAAUCACAGCUUAGAGGGAAUAUGAAUAGAAAUGAUGGAGACUAAGUAAUGUCUGAGAGAGAUCACGAUAAAGCAUUUAUGGAUGAUGGAGAGGAUAAUAAUAGAGCCAGUAAUUCUGAAUUAGACAGAGACUAAUCAAAUGAAAUUAUUCUCGAUAAAUUUCAAUUAGUUGGAAAAGAUCUAAAAAUAAAGCCAGAUUUCAAUGAUGAUCCAGAUGUUUAAAGAUUGUAAGAAAUGGUAAGUGGAGGAAGAGCAUCUGGCCCAUCGGAAUUUUAUGAUAAGCGAGGUUAAUAGAAUAAACAGAAGGGAGACAGCAUCAUGCCUUAGGUAAAGGGAGACAAUGGAGACUCUAUGAAUUUCGGCGAGUCAAGUAAGUUUUUCAAGUCAGGAGAUUAGAAAGAUGCUACUUAAUUACUAUAGGAUUUGAUUAAUAUGGAUGAAAUAUAAGUAAAGAUCAAAGACAAAUCAUAGAAGGAUUAGGAUGAUCUUUAAGAAGUACAAUAGAUUGUGGCUGAAAAUUAGGCUGACCACAACACUGAUGUCAAAUAAGAUGAGAAUAAAUAAGUAGGGAAUAUAGAAUAAAAUGACUCAGCAAAAGAAAACAAGAUUGAGAGCUUGUAGGGGAAAAACUAAAAAAAUAUUAAAAAAGAAAACUCCAAAAAUAAGAAUGCCUGCUGUGCCGGUUGCAUUAUAUUUUGA